CUGAACAAAGACUGCAUUUAUUAGGACCUAAAACUCAAUGAUAUUCUAGUGGUAUUCUCGUCUGAUUUUGCAACAGUGACCUAGAACAGCGAAGUAUAUUUUUCUUCAUCCCUAACGAGAUUGAAACUGAGACAAGAAAUAGAUUUCUUUAUCUGUACAUACACUACAUCACUGUGUACAAUCGUUUUUUUUUGUGUCUUGACAUCUCAUUUGAAGACAAUGACGAGCGCACACGUGUUCUGGCCUCCCCUCACGUUCUUAGUGAUGAGCAUCGCAGUGAUCAUGUUUAUCAUCCUCAAGUGGGGUGAUAAACUCUGCAAGGCAAGAACGGUUCCGUUUGCCCAGAACUAUGAAAUAGAAGACCACUCGUCCGAAAAUACGACUUACCUCGGGGAAGUUAUGGAGGAGAAGUCAUCAUACAAAGACUUGAUCAUGGGCGAGUCUGAGAUGAUUGGUCUGCAGGAGAAGAAGUCCGCCAGCUAUGAAUGCGCUGUGUAACCCUAUGCUGGUGGCGGUUUGUUCUAUGUCACAAAUUUAUUUUUAAAGUGCUUUUUUGAACUAAAUUUCUAUUUGCAUAAA